UUUGUUUUUUUUUGACAAAAGCUAAGACAUUUCAAGAAAGAAAGAAUCUAAAAACAAUGAAAUUCAAGAGUCAUUUUACUUCCGAUCUCUACUUUAUAGCUGAGGAGAUCAAGAGAGAUACAUUUGAAUUGGAUAACUUUAAUACGAAUCCUUACUCGUUUGUCUCGCCCUCAGCUUAUGACACAGCUUGGCUAGCCAUGAUUGAAGAUGACGAUACUCUACAACCAAUGUUUCAAGGUUAUGUAGAUUGGAUUCUGAACAAUCAGAAUGUUAUAGAAGGAUUAUGGGGGAGGCUCGGAGAUGAAAAUGGAGACGAAACACUCACUUCUACACUUGCAUGUGUUGUAGCACUUCGCAAAUGGAACAUUGGAAGUCUUCAUGUCCACAAAGGGAAGAGAUACAUAGAAAGAAGUAUGGAGAGUAUUAUUGGGAAAUAUACCAACCCUAACAUGAAGGGAUCUUGUCCUCGUUGGCUGGUUCUCAUGUUCACUGGACUCCUCGAGAUUGCUGAACAACUUGGCCUACGAUUUCUCUUCUCUACUCGAGCGAAACGAAUGAUAAAUAACUUGUUAUUCCAGCGUAAAAAGAUUCUCCAACGAGAAAAACUUGUGGAUGACCGUCACAAUCAGCAGUCCCUGCUCGCAUAUUUAGAAGUAUUGCCAUCUACGUUAUACGCCAAAAAUCAAAAAGACAUCAUUCAGAAACUUGGUGAUUCAGAUGGCUCUUUGUUUCAAUCACCCUCAGCAACUGCAGCAGCGUAUAUGCUCUCAAGAAAUACCCAGUGUCUGGCUUAUCUGAAAUCUCUCGUACAAAGAUGUCCCGAUGGAGUGCCACAAGUUUACCCACUGAGUGAAGAACUCAUCAAGCUCACUAUGGUCAAUAUAAUGGAUAACUUUGGUUUAGCAGAGUACUUUGGUGAAGAGAUCGAUCAUUUUAUCCUUCAAAUUUACAAGAACUACGAGGAGGAGAAUGUCGUGACAAUGCCCAUAAGUUCAAAAGUAGAUCAGUUGCACAAAGCCUCUCUGGAGUUUCGAAUGCUGAGAUUGAACGGCUAUGAUGUUUUACCUAGGAGCUUUUGCUGGUUCCUGAGUGAUGAAGAAAUCCGAGAUCAUCUAGAGACGAACACUGAAUGUUUAUUCUUUGUGAUGUUAAGUGUUUACAGAGCAACUGAUCUCAUGUUUCCAGGAGAGUGUGAACUGGAAGAAGCAAGAGAGUUUUCUCGGAAAUUUCUCAACAAAAGUCAUUUUAUUGAUGAACAAUUUGUGCCCAUUUUUCACAUUAAACAUGAAAUAAGUUCUCCAUGGAGGGCUCGACUCAAACAUCUUGAUCAUAGGAUGUGGAUUGAGGACAAGGACUCAAAUGCUUUCUCAGUUGGAAAAGCCUCUCUAAUCCGUAUAUCUAUCGACAAAUUUACUCAUCUCGCUCUGAGAAAUUUUGAACUUCGACAAGCUGUAUAUAGACAUGAGAUGGAGGACCUGAUUACGUGGGUAAAGAAAUCAGGACUUAAUGAUAUCGGAUUCGGAAGAGAGAAGACAACAUAUUGCUAUUUUGCAGCUUCAUCAAGCACUUCGUUACCUAUUAAAACCGCAACUAAUAUUCGUAAGCUAAUGGCAAAGAGUGGGAUCCUUAUUACAGUUGCUGAUGAUUUCUUUGACGAAGAAGGAUCUUUUGAUGAAUUGGGAGCACUUACUAAAGCUGUUAUAAGAUGGGAAGGAGAAGCGCUUAAAGGUUACGGCAAGAUCAUAUUCAAAGCACUUGAUGAUCUCGUAAAAGAGACUGCAGAAACUUGCCUUAAAGGUCACGGAACUGACAUAACAGACCAUCUACGCAACAUUUGGAGCGAAACAUUUGAGUCGUGGCUACGUGAAGCCAAUUGGAGUAAGAAGGGACACAUACCGUCGAUAGAAGAAUAUCUUCAAAAUGGAAUGAUCUCAAUCGCAGUACAUACCAUUGUUCUUCCUACUUUGUGUCUCAUUGAAUCUUGUUUUCCCCAGCACAAACUCAAGCCCGGAAAUUAUGAUGACAUAACAGCAUUGCUCAUGACCAUUACCCGACUCCUUAACGAUCUACAGAGUUACCAGAAGGAACAAGAACAACGCAAGAUCAACUCCGUUCUGCUCCACAUGAAAAGUCACUGCGGUUUGAAGAUAGAGGAUUCGAUUGCUUAUAUUGAAAAGAUAAUUGAUUCGAAGAGGAAAGAAUUUAUGGAGUAUGUCCUAAUGGAUAAAUUCAGUGAUUUGUCUAAACCGUGCAAAGAUAUUCACAUGUCUUUAUACAAAGUUUUUGAGAUGUUCUUCAACAAAAAGAAUCGCUAUGAUUCGGACACGGAGAUGCUUGAAGACAUUAAGAAGGCUCUUUACGAUCCCAUCAACUUGGAAAUAAUUAGUACUCUCCGAGAUUUAUCCAACGUUUAAUCGAAUUUCUUAAUUAAUCUAAAUUUUAUGAAUGUAUUCAGUACUGAAUAGUCUUCAUAAUGAUACAUGCAUCAUGUA